UGCCUUCUUCCCCCGUGUUUCUGCCGCUGGGUAGGUCAAGUAUUCGCUGGAAAAACCCAAAUUAAUCCCAAACGAGUGUGACGCUCGGGGAUGUUGCCUUGUGGAGGCUCCACCCCUCGCCUCGGAGCGUGUGGUUCCCGUCGCUCCUGUUGCUGUGUUCCUGAGACUGAGAGUGGUAGUAGAAAACAACAGCUGGGCCGAUAGAUCAGACGGCUUUGGGGCAUUUCUUAAUUUUCAGACCAUUGCAGAAGCCUCCUUUAAACGUGUGAGACUCUAUAUGGACAACCCGAUCAUUAAAAAGAGCUCCAGCUGCUUUUUAUCAAAACGCAAAUUGAUUUGGGGAUCCGGUCCCGAGGAAAGCUGCUCCUGACAGGUGCGCAAAGUGCGCAGAGAGGAUGGGCAGACGUGAGGCGGACAGCAGAGACGCAAUGAACACUAGCGGACGCUCCGAGCUGGGCUGCCUGCAGGACGCGGCGUCCAGCAGCCAGCAUGGCGGCGAGCAGUCACCGAGAAUGGACAGCCGCCGUGCCUGCAACGCGGAGAAGCGACAGAGAAACAUGAAAGUAGGCGUGGAGGCGCUGGGCCAGGCAUCCACAGCCACAACGUCCAUUGAAGUAAAAAAGCAUCAGCACAAGCACAACUUAAAGCACCGUUAUGAGGUGAUGGAGACGCUGGGGAAAGGCACCUACGGCAAAGUGAAGAAAGCGGUGGAGAGAGCGAGCCUGAAGACGGUGGCGAUCAAGUCAAUCCGCAAGGAGCGCAUCACCGACGACCUGGACAGAAUUCACAUCCAGAGAGAGAUUGAGAUCACAUCUUCACUCAGUCACCCCAACAUCAUACGCUUCCAUGAGGUGUUUGAGAGCCGGGAUAAGAUUGUGAUUGUGAUGGAGUACGCCAGCAGAGGAGAGCUGUAUGAUUACAUACAGGAGAGGAGGCGACUGCCAGAAACAGAAGCCCGCAGCAUCUUCAGACAGAUUACAUCUGCUGUCCACUACUGCCAUAAGAACGGGGUUGUGCAUCGAGACCUCAAGCUGGAGAACAUUCUUUUGGACCAAGAUUUGAAUGUAAAG